GGCUUACUAAAAUAAGGCAUGUAAACAAGUAACUUAGUCUGAGGCUGAGAAACAGCUGUGUUCGAGUGGGCAGAUAACUAUUCUGACCUCUAGCGAGGGUGUGGAGCGGCGUGGAAUGGUGUGGCGAAUAUUACAUUGCUAUCGCUAACCCCAAAUAAAUACGUCACAGGGGCUGAUAAGGCCACAUCCACGGGUCCACUACCGAUUCGUUCAAAAUGUUAAAAUUAGUUUCCAGUCGGCUCUUCGAUCGGCGUGUUCUUCAGUCUAUUAGGCAUACUUGCGACGGAAGCAUUGAAAUGGCCAAGGAUAAUCUGACAGCGGUGUUGCAUGGCAUCGAGGACAUGCGAUUGGAGCAGCGUCCUAUUCCGCAAAUUGCUGAUGAUGAGGUUCUCAUUGCCAUGGACAGUGUGGGUAUUUGCGGCUCAGAUGUUCAUUAUUUGGCCCACGGACGCAUCGGUGACUUUAUCCUCACUAAGCCCAUGGUAAUUGGUCACGAAUCCUCCGGAGUGGUGACCAAACUGGGCAAGAAAGUGACCAAUGUGAAGGUCGGCGAUCGUGUGGCCAUCGAACCGGGUGUACCCUGCCGUUACUGUGAUCACUGCAAGCAGGGCAAGUACAACCUGUGCCCCGGCAUGGUAUUCUGUGCCACGCCCCCCUACGAUGGAAAUCUCACCCGAUUCUACAAGCACCCUGCUGACUUUUGCUUCAAACUGCCCGACCACGUCUCCAUGGAGGAGGGUGCCCUCCUGGAGCCUUUGUCCGUGGGCGUCCAUGCCUGCAACCGGGCUGAGGUGACCCUGGGCUCGAAGGUUCUCAUCCUGGGAGCUGGUCCUAUUGGUCUGGUCACUCUUUUGGCUGCCCAAUCCAUGGGUGCCUCAGAGAUCCUGAUUACGGAUCUGCUGCAGCAACGUCUGGAUGUGGCCAAGGAGCUGGGGGCCACCCACACGCUCCUGCUGUCGAAGGAUCAAUCCGCUGAGGAGACUGCGAAACUCGUCCAGAAAAUAAUGGGUGGUGAGCCGGACAAGGCCAUCGAUUGCUGUGGAGCCGAGAGCAGUGCUCGUUUGGCCAUUUUUGCAACCCGUUCCGGAGGCGUUGUGGUGGUUGUGGGCAUGGGAGCUCCGGAAGUGAAGCUGCCAAUGAUCAAUGCCCUGGCCCGUGAAGUGGAUAUUCGUGGGGUGUUCCGUUACUGCAAUGACUACGCUAGUGCCCUGGCUUUGGUGGCCUCUGGAAAGGUAAACGUAAAGCGACUGGUGACCCAUCACUUUGACAUCAAGGAGACGGACAAGGCCUUCGAAACAGCGAGGAAGGGACUCGGAGGCGCCAUCAAAGUGAUGAUCCAUGUGCAGCCGAGGGACACCAACAAUCCAUGCAAAUUUUAGAUCGUAUUAGCCUAGAAGUUUAGCUUAGUAACAAACCCCAGUACACUGUUCCGUCUCAAUCAAGCGACAAUCUUAGCCUGGCCCGUAUACUAAAUCCAACCUUUCGACACUAAGUAUUUCUGAAAUAAACCGAAAUUCGUUGAGUUCCCAGUA